AUGCCAGAUGAUGCUAUGAAGUUGCAGCCAUAUCAUUCUAAAUCAAUGAUACCUUGCAGAUCAAUGAAGAAUGCAACCUUGGAGACACAACUCCUCCUACUAGGGAUGCCUAGAGGUUUUAAAGGCUUGUUGCAUAUGCUCAAUGCAAUCGAGUUACCCGCAGAAGUGGUAGCAAUGGUGCCUUUGGAUAAGAAAAGAUGCAAAAUGGUGCAAAAACGAGCAGACUGGGUUGGCAACUCAUUUCGGCCUUAA